UCGCCCUACGCUCUGCGGAGCUGACGUGCAGAAAUCGCGACAGCGCUGCGAAGUUGGGCCGGUGACGGGCGAGUGGCAUUUGUUUGGGCUUUGGUGCUCGGCGGGGUGCGUGUGUGUGGCAGCGGUCACCGCGGCGGAGCGGUCUGGAUGCUACCUGAUCUGCUGAGUGUUUCCAGCAUUUGUUUCUGCUUGUUCUUGUACUUUCCAGGAUGGCUAGCUGUGGAGAUGUUGAUCAUGCAUCAAACAUGAUUCCAGGAGGAAGGAAGUUGAAUGACUCCUGCUCAAGCACAGCACCAACCCUGACUGUACCAGAAUGUGCUAUUUGCCUUCAGACUUGUGUUCAUCCUGUUAAAUUGCCAUGUAAACAUAUCUUCUGUUUCCUGUGUGUAAAAGGAGCAUCCUGGCAAAGCAGGCGGUGUGCACUUUGUCGACAGGAAAUCCCUGAAGAGUUCCUAGACAAGCCAGCUUUGCUGUCCCCUGAAGAGCUGAAAGCAGCAAGCCGAGGCAAUGGGGAGUAUGCUUGGUACUAUGAGGGCACAAAUGGCUGGUGGCAGUACGAUGAACGUACAAGCACAGAGCUCGAAGAUGCUCAUAUGAAAGGCAAGAAGACGAUUGAAAUGUUGAUAGCUGGAUAUUUGUAUGUUGCAGACUUAGAGAACAUGAUUCAGUUCAGACGUAAUGAACAUGGCCGCCGUAGAAAGAUGAAGCGAGACAUAGCAGAUAUUCCCAAGAAGGGAGUAGCAGGUCUCCGGUUAGAUUGUGACUCCAACUCACUGACUUCAGAAAGAGAGAACUCUGCAGACGGAGCAGAUAGCACAGCUGGUGGUGGACCUGGAUCUGCAUCAGCAUCAACACAGUCCUCUGUUUCCAUGAUGAGGCCGUCAGUUAGACAGGCACCCUCCCUAGUUGACCAGCCAGUAAGUCCACUAACACCUUCCCCAGAUGUCAACGUGUUGCUUGUGAACUCCCUUGCUCAGUUGCAGCUCAGUAGCCAUAGGAUGAGCAGGAAUCACAGAGGUGAGGGAGAAGAACAGAGUGCAGUCAGAGUGUCAUAUGAUAACACUGAGUCUGCCACAAGCACUGAUACGGAGGACGAGAAUGCCAGCCUGCUUCAGGAAUCUGCAGCCAACACCCUCGAUGGGCAAAUACUCAUUUCUCCAAACAAUGAGCGGGAAAAUGAGAUACCAGGAGAUGAGCCAUCUCCAGAAGGAGCAUCCAGCAGUGGCAUCAGAGCCAGGGAGCAGCAUCCCGAUGGACAGUGCACUGUAACAGAAGUCUAGACAUUGGCAACUUCUAUUCUUAAAGAAAAAAUUUAUAGAGAUUAAGGGCAACUGAGGAAUGGAAAAUUUCUCAGCCAGAAUUGCACUCAUUUAAAACCAGAACUAAUUUUUCAUUUACAUCAUUUAGACAUGACUGCCUUUUUCCUUUUGCAAUUUGUAGGUUUCUUUAAUGUAGAAAUUGCACGUUAUUAUGGUAACAUUGAAUUUACUUUGUGUUUUAAUAUUUGUGUUGAAUUUCAAAAUGACUCACUCCCUUUGCAUGUGGUGUGUUAAAUGUGACAUCUGAGCUCAUUGCAAACACCAAUUGUCCUGGAGGCCUUUCAUUCCUCCUUUGUUAAAUGCCUCUUGUGAAUAAAGUAAUUUUCCUGUGAGAGUUAACUGGUUCUAUCAGACAGAAUUUGGGUUUUUCUCUUUAUGUAGCCAAACCAGGAAUCAUUGUUUUCCUUUUUGUUUUGUUUGUUUAAUUUAGUUAGAAGGUACAUUACUACAAUUCCCUUUCAAUAUUAUUGUAAUUGAGGCUGGUAAUAGCUGUACAAGUAACACUGGUUGACAUUCAGUGAAGUGUUAGACAGUAGAAAUAAGUAGUGAAUUCAAAUUUACAUUAUUCUGACUACAAUAAUAGUCAAAUAAAGCUCGAGGCUUUUUUAACC